GAACAGGUAGGUGGAAAGAUGCUGCUCGCCACCAUCACAGGUGUGGCCACAGGGCGUGGUGGGUUGGCAUUCAGGUUUACUGCCCGCGAUAGCCUACCUAACGGCUGUCACGGAAAUUUCAGUUCAGGUGAGUUAGGCGUGAGAGGCAUUGUUCAUCCCAAUUGUCACCUUUAAUUAAGCCUCACACACUUAAUCUCAUGAGGAAAUACAGGAUUAACAUUCCUUUAUAAGCAGUCACUGGCUAAUUUAUCCCAACAUUAAAUAUACAUGUCUUCAACACACGACCCAAAGCUUAAUAAAUAAAUUGGACCAUGUGUCAGUGUAAUUGUACUUCCUACUCAUUUUAACAAACUGACCAACUGUUGUUUUUGAUAUUACUGAUUUUAUUAGUUGUAGGUACAAUCACAGUUAGGUGCUGAGAGAAUGUAUUGUUCCAGUGUUUUGCUGCCCCGGGCUGCUGUCGCAUAAGCAAACAUAGGUGAGCUUGAUCUUUUUAGGUUUAUGCUUGCAUGUGAAUAAACAUGAACUCAAAAGGAGGUGAGGGGUCUGCUAAACUUUAGAAAUUAAUUUCACUCAUUCAGAGCAGAGCUAACAUAACCUUGUCUCAUACAGUGGCCAUGUGUACAAUGGAUUUUUAAGAAUGGCCUAUACUGAUACUGAAUUCACAUUUUCAUGUGCAUGCAAUCACUUGUUGUGCUUUAAGCUCUACAAACCGACAGCAGUGAUCAUUUUUCAGUAUCAGAUGGCAGCACAAUGCCUGAGGAUGGCUCUUGUCUUUAAACAAAUUAUGUUUUCUUCAAUGUAUAUAUUAUUUCUUAUUAGUGAUUAGUGAAAUAGUUUUUUCUGACCUUUCCAACAUAAGUUAUUUUUCUAAUCAAAAUCUGACCUUGGAUUGGACUAAAAAACAUGAAUAGUUUCAGCACUUCUUCCACAACCCUCCUUUACCAGAAGGACAUAGGUCUGCAAUUCUCUUUCAGAAAAUAAUAAUUCCAUGCUGAGUUGUGGAUUGAUUGCAUACGGGCACGUCUGUGUUGUGUCUGUCAGCACGUUUUAAUUCAAGUGACCUCAACACGCAACAUGUGUAUCUCAGAAGCUAGUCACAGAAAAAGACAGCAUGUUGUCUGAUCCCCCAGUUGCAGAUACGCAAGACUGGAAAGUUGUAUUGGGAUCCAGGAUGACUGACUACAACAGUGUUUUGAUGUUAUAAUAUGACACUCAAAAUGUUCAGGAGUCGUUCCCUUUUCCUCUGCUAGCAAGCUUGUAAUGCCUAUCCACUGUGCAAAAUACAACUAAAAGUUGAUCUUGGCAGCCAUAGUGGAAUACUCCCGGAGAAACAAGGACACUAUAGAGACCUUAUUUAUUUUUCGUAACAGCUGCCAAGUAGCCCUGUUUUGAAUACUGACAGUCACUCCGAAACUCAAUAGGCUCCAAUUCCCAAGAAACAUGUUUGUUCUCAUAACUGCUGACAUUUAUAAAAACAAGUCCAAAUAUCAUUUAAAUGAUAUAAUUACCAGUAUGGACGCUGUGAAAUGGAUCAAUUAGAAGUGAUUGGCAGGCGUUUUACUGUUAAUGGGUGGACUAGCGGGUGCUGCUCUUUAAUCAGGUGUUCUUAAUGUGCGUGUGUGGGGUUUUUUGUUACCUUUCAUGAGAAAUUUACGAAACCGCCAGUAAACCAGUCUAAUGAGGCAUUACUAAGCCACAUUUCUCUACAAGCAUUUCUUAAGAACUGAUCUGAGUACUGACAUGUAAAUGCCCCUUAAGUCAAAUAGAAAAUGAAUCAGAUAAGCUUCUUUUAGAUACCGAAAUCUUAGCAAUACAGAGUGUUAAACUGGAUCUAAACUGACAAAGGAGAUUAAAAUAAAGGGGGUUGGCGUUAGACCAAUGCAUAAUUUGAAAGAAUGAACUCAAGAGCUGAAACUAGGGUUUAAAUAAUCAAUAUAUUUAUUUUUACAAUGGAUCAAAUUACUAUUUAUAAUGUGACAAGUCGCUUUGUAGUGACAAACCCAGAGAGAAUUAUUAAACAACUCAGCUGUGUUUUAGCUACUACUAAUCAAUCAAUGGUCUGUUUUUAGCUGAUUGUGCUGUCCCCAAGAGGCCAAAAAACCUAUUAAUGCUGGUGUAAAAUAGAUCUAGACAGACAGGUGUUUAAACUAAAGAUGACUAACUAAACAAAAUUCAAAAUCAUAGUUUGAGCUAGCUGUCUUGAGAAAUGAUUUCUUAAGAGAGUCAGGGUCUGCAAGAGUUAAUACGACACAGGAGCCUAAAUUGAGGUUGAAUAUUUAUUGGUUUUUCAACAUACAUGUCCAGGCCAAUGGUGACCUUUUAGGGAUGCUUUUCUUUUUGUUAGAUUAAUAUUAUUCUGCUUUGUUUUUGUUAAAUUUAGAGUUUCUGUCUCUGUUGUUGUCACGCCUAAAUAAAGCAACUAAGGACAAUAACAUAAACUGGCUGAACUUGGGUGAGGUUGGAAGGCUAAUAGUGAAAAGGUUAGAAAAGUUUAGGUGUGGGAUUCAGGACAGAUUUAUUUAGGUGCUUGUUUAGUUUAUUUAAACAAUAUUUUAUUUAAAAUAAUACAAAAGAAAUAAUGUCUUAACUAAUUUCUAACAGGUAGCUCCAGCAUCCCAGUUUGGGUUUCAUCACGUUGUCACAUUAUCACGUUGCCAGGUUCGAUCAAACCAAACUCAGUUUAUCUCGUCACCUCAGACAUACCCACACCACAUCCACCAGCCCCUGUGCCGACCCCACCGACCACCAGGAACAACACGAAGUACACGGCGCUGACUUGUUCAGCUGUUUGAAAUAUUUGCCCAUCCUUGUUCUACAUAAAACUAAAUUACAGCGUGUCACUGCUAAUCUAAUUGUUUUGUGAAAUGCAAGUGUUGUAUAACCUUGAGGUGCUUUGCAAAAUGUCAAACAGAUGUGAGAAGGAUAACAGUUAUUCAGGCACUGUCGAGGUACUUAUUUUUUUAAUGUUUAAUGAUACUGACAUUAAUGUAAUUGUUCCCUCAGGCUAAGAAUGGAAAUACUCAAACUUUGUCAUAUAAGGCUUUGUUUUUCUGUUGCUUUUUCUUGCUGUGGUCCCUCAUUAUUACAUAAGAACCAGAGUGGGAUGGCACAAACGAGCAUUCAUGAUGGACGUGAAAGACACAUCGUCAUUAACUCGGUUCCCUUCAUUGCAUAGGAAAAACACCCUCAAAGGAAUUUCUUUUAUCUGUCAUGAUUGUUUUCUGGGCUAUAAACUGUGAAAUGUAUGGAAUGAGGUGUGUCUGGUAGUCUAUUAAGACCGCAACAACAUAAUUGUUCAUUCUUCACUCUCUGGUAUGAUCAACAUUAAAGUUGUGGAUGGUUUGGUUGAUAGAAUUAAGGUUCUGAUACUGGCUGAGCCAACAUUAGGAUGGACCUAUUGAACAGUUACCUGGCUAGCUACAGUAAAUAUUCUGCUUAGUGGACAAGUGGGAAUGUAUUUCUUGAAUUACAGAGUAAUAAAGCAGCAUUGUGGCCACUUGGACAUAUAAUCACCUUUAAAGAUUUUAUGGCAAAUACAACCCUUACCAAUUUAGACAUCAGCAGCAGCAGCACACACAGCAACAUUAGCAUGUACUUGUAGUCUUUUUUCUGGCCCCUUGAUAAAAUAUCCAAUAUUCACUCAGUGGUGGUCUUAGCCGCGUUUCAACCGUUUCAAAUGAAAAAAAGCUAAAGUUAUAAUAUUCAAAAAAUUCAUCCACUUUUACAAUAAACUACAUAAUUUCACUCAAUGUGUAGAGGCAUGUACAUGGGAUGUGGAGGUGCUAAGUGGGUUGCAGCACGCCCAAAAACCAGGCAUUAUAAAAAAAAACAUUAAUUGAUUAUAAAUAAAACUGUGAUCCAGAGUUGCAGGGAAGAGAGAGAGAGAGAGAAAGAGAGAUCAUGUGGACGAGAAAGUGCCAGUAUGGACAAAAAAGCUGAUGUUACAUAAAAACUUUGUUUGAUCACGUGGCCUAAUGUUUUGUCUACAGCUCUGUGGUUUAUCACUGAGGUGUGUGAACUCACUGCAGACUGGAGUCUCAGUUUACAGUGACAGACAUACGCUUGUCUCCUCUAUGAAACUUCUGCAUCCUCUCUGCACUGCAUUAUUCUAAACUAUAAUGAACUGGUCGUGGGUCACAUCUCUCUCUCUUGUCCAGGUGCUGUCUCUCCCUCUUCCUCUCCUUGCAGGUCGCAUGCAUAAAUCCCUGUUGUUGACGGUGUAUUUGCUGUGGCUGCUUUGACAUACAGCAUGUUGGUGUUUGGUGGAGUUUGUUGUCUGCUGAGAUUUAAAUUGUUGUUCAUAACGAUUAGAUAUAAGUUAUCUUGGCCAUUCAAAUAACCAGAUAAAUCAGAAUAUCUUGCACCAUUUAGUAUGCCUUUAUUAUAUGGUAUGCGUCCCUGUGUUGGGGAGACCGGGGUUGGUUGGCAUACUUUAUGAAUAUGGAAAUGUUUUCUGAAAUUGAUGAUUCAUGAUUAAAGUCCUGUUGUGUAUUUGUGCCAACCAGCCCCAUCGUGGGGUUAGGUAGGGCCCCUACAUUUGCUGCUGUAUUAGCUCUGUAUUCACUGUCCUUUUAGCUCAUUUUUAGUCACCAACCUGAGGAAUAAAACUGGCUGUUAAGCUACAAAAUGCUCCACUGUGUUCACCAGUCUAUUUUUGCUUAGAGACAAAUCUAGCAACUUUAUCUCCCUUGUAGAGAGUUGCCAAUGUUUGUCAUUGAAAGUGCAAUGUCACAUUUGAGUCAUUGUUGAAAUAAAAACAUGUGAAGCUUUAAAUGGUACAAUAAUAAUAAUGAUUAUUUUCAGUUGAAGCAUAAAUAAUGAGUGCUUGAAUGAGCGCUUUACAGGUUUAAAUAAGCCCUGAGGGACAUAGGUUGAAGGAUGUGGUAUCUUAAGAACAUCUGUUAUUAUAAAAGCACAUGAAACAUGCUUUAGCUACACAUAACCCCUACAGCAGAGUCUGGUAAAUAGUUUAUGUGAAGAUAAUCCCUUCUGCAGUUGUGGAUUUAAACCAUAAUACCUUCCAAUCCAGAACUCAAGUGCUUGUGUAAUGAUAUCAUGUACAGACAAAAACCUCCUGGCCUGGGGUUUGUUUUAUAAUUGUUAGAGAAUGGAUCAAAGCCAUUGUAUGUUUGUAUAACAGGUGUUUCUCUUUUCCGCGUCUGUCAAACAGUAAAAAACUUCUUGUACAGAAAAUGAGGGAUCACAUGAGAAAGAUCAAAGAGCUGCUAGGCGCCCACCCGGGAGGGGAACAGAGGCAGAGGAAUGUAAAGUCACAGAGGUCAGGAACACGAGGGAGCUGUUAAGACUGUUCAUUGUUAAACCUGUAAUCUGAGGCCGACUUGUUUAUUUUCUGUCUUGUAGGCAGUGUCCGCCUCUGAAGCCUCCAACUCUGCUCCUGAACUUGACUCACUCUCGCCGUCAGUUACGUGAUUCCCCUUGACCAAACAAUCCUGCAAAUGCCGUGUGACUAAGGCUAUUUCUUUGUGGGAGAAACAUGACAACUAAAAACAGGCUCGGUAGCAUUCCCUGUUUGUACUCACAGCAGAAAUCAUCUGUCCCAGUUACUCAGAACAAAGCCGCCUACAACGCCCUGACAGGUGUCGUUUUUCCAGGAUUUUAAUUAAUGACAUUAACAAUCGCCGUCAUCAUCAUUGCUGUUCAGGAGGCCACCUUGCUGAGAGGGUGUGGGAGUGUGAUGACACUAAGUAUCCUGGCAGUCCUGUCUGGCACUAUUUGGUUAGUCAGCAUGAUUUGUGUGUGGGUGUGUUUGUGUGUGUGUGUUUGUGUGUGUGUGUGUGUGUGUUUAAUGAUUAAAAUUUGCAUUAACAUUUUUUCCUCUUCCCACACAUUUUCCUGCUUUACUGUCUACUUAUAAAGCUAAUUUUCUCCUGCUCUGUCUCCAUACCUGUCAUUCUGUCACUCUCUAUCAGUCCAUCUCUCUCUCUCUUUAUGACCAAACAGAUGGAUGAAAACCACAACCAAGACCACAUGAGAAAGUCAGCUGGCUGCUGAUCCUCUGUCGUUUCUCAGCGUAAAGAAUAGAAGUCAAAGCACGGACAAUAUUUGCACAGCGGUUGUAGCAGAUGGAAGUGCAGGGUCAGUUGUCUGCACAUCCCCACAUCCUGCUAACAGGCAGGAUGUGGGGAUAAAAGUAUCUAAAGUAUACAGCAGGCUUGUCUUUUGUAAUGUGUAACUGUUAAAGUGAGACUGUUUAAAUUACUAAAUCAAAAGCUGAAUGCAUAAGCAAUAAAACGCACUAUCAUGAAUUUUAUACAAUUUUAUUUUUUGUGCAGUUUCAGUCUUACAAAGACACACAAAUAGACUUUGCUAUGACACUUUUUGGUGUGACCAGAGCAUUAUUGCUGCAUUUGAACAUUUAGAUUAAGAUAGCGAUUACAAAGACAAAGAAUCUGGGUGAAAGAGUGGAUUAGCAUACACAGGUAGCAGGGACUGUCUGAGCUGCAGAGAGAGCUGGAGGUGAAUAAAAAGUGUCUUGCAGUGAAAAAGUAGCUGCCUGCUCCCAUUGGCUGGAUGUAGAUGUCGAGUAGGCCGACUCCUCCAGAUAUUCAGCAUGCUAGAUAUGUGGCUGGCUUCGGCGAUGUGUCAGUAAUGUAUCGGGGAGCUGUUUUGAUGUGUCCUUGAGUAGUUCACACAUAACAAUUAGCGAGCCCGAUUACAAAUCGGGUUUAAAAUCGUGUGAACUAGCCUUUACUUAGUUUCACGUGCGCAGUAUCAGAAACCAUCAAUAACUUAAAUUCAUAUGCUGUAUGUAUGUGUCAUGCUGCGCUUUAAAAAUGACCGGUCUAUCAACUGGGGAGCAACACCAGGCUACAAUUUUAUGUUUUGAUUUUUUUGUGGUAGUGAAUAUUUGAAGGUACUUUUGGAUCCCAAAGUACCUUCAGAUAUUCAAAGGAGUCUUUAAAUACCACACCCCUUGCUUAAUCAAACACAUCUUCUCAUAACGCCUAAAAUAUUUUCAGUACAGUAUGUCUGUGACGACGCCAUACAGGCUGUCUGCUGGUUGUAGAAGAUAGCUAUGAAAAUAUAUCAAAAUUCCUGAAGCACCAAAGCCAUAAUGUGUCUCUGCUGAAAUACAGGGCUGUAGUUGUGGCAUGUCAGGUCAGUAAGCAGUGUAUCCAAGGAAAUAUUGAAGCCACAUUAUAAUAUUAAGAAAUGAAACCUUUGGCCCAGACAGACACAAACACUCAGUUAUUGUCUAAAACCAGCCAAGACUGUUAUUGAGCAAGAUGUAGUAACUCUGCACAAAGCGUGUGUUACUUGACCUCAGUGCAGCUUCACAUUAAUUAUAGUACAUUUAAAGGUACCCUCUUAUUAAAGCACAACUCAAAUACACACAUGCACUCACACACAGAUCCCAUCACUGCAUCUCCCUGAACAUUCACUCCACAGCUUGUGUUGCUGCCUGUGUGAAAACAGCUCAGUAAUCCUGGAUCAGAGAGGACAAAGGGCCCCAGAGUGCUGGUGAUGUAAGCAGCGUGUCCAGUCAGUGCUUACCCCACUGCUCUCGCCUCUCCAACACGCUGCCUCGGGAGGUGAGGUGGGACGGAGAGGAACAUCCCUGGCGUGGAGGACCCUCAAGACCACAAACUGACACACACACAGCGAUACUGGCAGACUAAUGGCAGCCUGUCUGCUCUGUCUCAGGGGCCCGCUACUGAUGACCUGGGACACAGUGGGAAGCGGAACGUGUUGACCAGCUCGCUGUAGAGGAAUGUAGCUAAGCUGUGUGGAGUGGUGGAUCGGCUCAGUGUGACCAGGUGAACAGACUGAGGGACUUUUGCUGUCUCGUUACUACACUUACUGUGCCUUAUUUCGUGGAAGGCCAUGUUGCCUCAGGUCUCCAUGGACUCCAGUCACACCAUGUGGGGUUUGAACACCCGCUUGAAGAGCUUCCUGGAGCAGGUGAACAGGCUACAGGAGGCCAACUGGCGACUUGAGGCCCAGAUAGCUGACUGGGGCGUCAGGAGCACCUCACGCUCCCGGGACUGGUCCCAGCAGGAACAGACCAUCAAUGAGCUCCGUGCCCAGGUUGGUAAACUACUGAUGGAGAAUGCCCAGCUGGCAUUACAGUCUGACAGCAUGAAGUCCAGAGCUGCUGCCAUCCGGGCCAGGUGUGAGACGGAGGAGAGGAACACCAUGCAUCUGGAGCAACAGGUGGCUCUGCUCAGGGAGUCAAAGAGGAAGGCAGAUCAGAACAGCCUGACGCUGCAGGCAGAGAUUCGGCACUCCAUGUCAGAGCUGCAGGAGAUGCAACAGGAGUUUGAGGCAGCCCGGGCUCUACAGCUGCAGCGGGCCGACUCCUGUGAUGCUCUGUUAGAGACGGCCACAGAAGCAGCAGCAGCAGCAGCAGCAGCGAGAGGUGAGGAGGAUGGCACAGGGAUGGAGCUCACCCAGCUCCUCGACCGAAUCAGAGCGCAGUGCAAUCAGAGCAGACUUCCCGGCCCAGGUGAGAGACACCUUGGCCUGGGUGCCGUGUCUAAUCCACUCCCUGGCUUGGCUGGGCCCAGCCGCUCUGGAGCAGCAGCAGCAGCAACCAGAACACACGGAGGAGCUCUCAGUCAGGAGGAGGCAGCAUGGGCGCAGGUGAGCCUCGGCGGCGCUGCCCUGAGGGAGGCCCGGGCUGAGCUAGCUGAGGCCAGGAAGCAGUGGCACUCCCUGCAGGUGGAGAUUGAGACCCUACACGCCUUGGAGAAAGGCCUGGAGAGCUCUCUUCAGAACACCCAGAGGCUGUACUCCAGCCAGCUGCAGGACCUUUCCCAGGUGAUCGCAGGGCUGGAGAAUGAGCUGGAGCAGGUAAGGAGCGGGUUGGCCACCCAGCGCCAGCGUCACAGCCAGCUCCUCAACACCAAGAUGAGGCUAGAGCGAGAGAUCACCACUUACCGACGUCUGCUGGAGCGUGAAGAGGGCAGGUACAUGGGUCGUAAUGGGCAACCAGUGGGUCUGCGGCCCUGGAGGUCUUCCUUGGACGAACCAAAGGAGAAUGGGCUAGAGAAUGGCUUCAGUGAUCCUGCUGUUACUCCAGAUGAACCCAAGUCUGAGCCCCUUCCUGAAAUACCUUCACUCCUCCCAGAAGACAAUGGGCUAAAGAAAAGCAUACUGCAUAGACAGCAAAGCCUUGUGAUACUCACAGAGCCAGAGCAAGAUAAAGACUUGCCAAUCUCCACUGUGAAGACUCAAGAGAUUCUUCAGGGCAAUGUGGUGCGAGAGAGUGCAGAGGGUCACGGCACCAUUGAGACAGAGAAGAUUGACAAGGUGAUUAAGCAGUGGGAGGGCUCCUUCUUCAGAGGGAAUCCCAAGCUACGUAAGAAGUCUGUGUCACUGCGCUUCGACCUGCACAUGGCUGCAGCAGACGAAGGGUGCGCCCAGACCAAACAGGACAGCCUCCCUGACGUGGAGGUGCGUCUCAUCAUGAAGAGAUCUCGCAGCAUCCCAACUAUCACGCAGUAACUCAGUCACUAGUAUGUUUGUGGUAACACUGGUGAUGUUGAAGUUACAGAGAUAACGUCUGUGUCAUUGACAUUUGGGAUAUUACCAUCCAUUACCAUCAAGCUUAAUAUGAAUUUUAAAUUACAGCAUUCAUUGAUCUUCACGUCACAACUGAUGAAUGAAACUGAAACUUCUGUCAUCCUAUCCUGACUCUGGCAGAAUUAGCACCAUUUUCAUUGUGCCAGAAAACCACAUCAAAUAUAUCGGACCUACUUUCAGUGGAUAACAAUGAAAACACCUUACUGUGUCAUUAUUCUGGACGAAAAAGUGUCUCUCAAUACUGUCAGUAUGUUGUCACAAAAGAGAUUAUAUCAAGCAUAUGGCGGCUUAACUACAGCAUUGAAGUCUAAUUAACACCUGGUGCAGGAGGAUGAGUGCACAUGGAGAUAAAUGGAGGUGUGGACAGAUCACUAUGAGCUGCUGUGAACUAUCUAUAGGUGGAUUUUUAUGUUUGCUUUUCUUUAAGAGACUAUAUAAAAAUUAUUGGGGGAGGGGGCUUUCUAAAUAGGGGGAGGAUUGGGGGGGGGGUGUUAAACUUCAUUUGUCACUUUCUAAUAGCAGCUCCCAACUUCACUUUAGUCUGCAUCUACACAGAAGGCUGAACAUUAAGUAAAUAAAAUGUGUAAAAAAAAAUAUAUAUAUAUAUAUAUAUAUAUAUAUAUAAAAAUAGCCCCUCUCAUGUGUCAUCCUGAAGCUCGGCUCCUCUACCGGAGGCCUGGGAGUUUGAGGGUUCUGCGCAGUAUCUAGCUGUUCCUAGGACUGCACUCUUCUGGACAGAGACCUCUGAUGUUUUACCUGGAAUCUGCUGUAGCCACUCUCCCAGUUUAGGGGUCACGGCCCCCAGUGCUCUGAUUACCACUGGAACCACUGUUGCUCUUACUUUCCACAUCUUUUUUGCUCUCUAGUCAUGGACUAGAGAGCAUAUAUAUAUAUAUGAAAUAUGAAAAUUAUUAAAACAAUAACGCUGGAGCGGGUGAUUACUUUCAGCUCCCCUUCUCACCCCAAUAAUUUCUGUAAAGUCCCUAAGUGUUUGCACUGCAGACAUAUACAGCACUUAGAUACACAUCAGCACUGAGAGGUAUCCAGGAUGUGUGUACUUCUAGUCUUUAGUCAUUGCAGUUCAUUCUCUAUGUGGAGAAAGAAAAAUCUUGCAAUUCAAACUGAUAAUGUAGCUAUAUUUUAAAAUGCAUUAUCUGGAAGGAAAAAAACUGCUCACUGUGAUCUUAACAGCAGUGGGGCUUGUAAUACUCACCUUGUGUCUCAGAGAAUUUAGAUUCCCUGUCUUAACCAGAGGAGGGCAGUAUUUGUAAAUAGUUAACACAGCAGUGUAUCUUCUAUGCUCCGCUCUGGAUGUGUAGCACGUCUGUUACACCUUAGAUUAAGAGUUUUUAUGCUAAGUUUUGAGUUGGCACCAAAGAUAUUAAAAACAACAAAAGGGCCACCGUGCAUUGCGUUGUGCAUUAAGGUGCCUCCAAAUAUGUUGAAAAUAUUUAAAGAUAUUACCUAUGCAGUCCUGCGCUUGACUUUGCUUUGCUUCAUGAAGCACAUUCUUCAUUUUGGGAGCUCUGUAACUUCAUAAUGAAGCUUUUUGCUUUUAUCUAACAAUUUAUCAUUUAAAAUAAAAAAGGAAUAUGUGCAGACA